GUGAAACGGGUCCAUGCUCGGAGUGGUUACGAUGCACGUUCGUUUCUGCUUGCUAUAAACAUGCCUGUCACGGCCAUUCUGCGGGAAUCCCUCUGUGAAAAGGCUUACCACACGUUCUUCUCAAAUGGCACCCUCUCGAGUGUUCCCUUCAAAAUGCGCAUUGUCAACAGCUAUUUGGACGGCAUUCGUCAGGCUACCGGAUUGUUGCCAUCGUUAAACUCAGAUUUGACGCUCACCCUGACAUUCACGAAUGAUGAAUUUAACGUGACCGAUGUGGAGUAUCUCGUGAGAAAGUGUCCUGACGAUUUUCGAGUUGCUAAAAAACGGCUGCAUUGUGGUGCAGUUCAGGAUCCCGUCCUGUUGAUGUAUACGAAGCAACGAAUAGCCAAUAUUGCGCAUAAACUGGACAGAGAAUAUGCACUAUCGUACAGAAUGGCUUCUCCUUCGGCACCUUGUACGUAUACAGUCGCAUUUGAGCGUAAUCCAUUGUUUAUUGCUGGACGAUAUUUGAAAUUUUCCCGAACUUUACCGCAAAGCCCGUGGUCUUCCUCAUUUGAUGAACCAAGAAUUCCUGGAAAUUCGAUUUCGGAGAAAAUUGUCGCAUGCCUGAUUGAGGAAACCAGAUGCGAUAGCACUCGUUUUAUGGCUGCUGGUCGCGAAGAUAUAGACUUGAUUAAUCCAAAGAAAACGAAUUCAUUUCGAAGGGAUCACUUGCAAGCAACACUAAAACGGAUGGAGAAUUGUAUCAACAAAAAUACCGAUGUUCGAGUUGUUCCUGGUCUCCGACGAAUCAGCGCAGAACAGUCUUCAUUUGUCAAAAAUGACCAAGACGAGAAGCAAAAAUUGUAUACGGGUUAUUGCUACAGUACACAAAAAUUGGAUGAUCUCUUGUUGAAUGAACUUCCCAGUAAAGCACCGAUUGAGUUGGUACAGAAAACCCCUGUACGGGUGCUAAAGAGGCGACCACUGCUCGAAAGACGAAGGACGGUAUUUUCGAUUGCAGCAAUCAAAUUAGACGAUUAUCAUUUUUUGAUAAGGCAAGCUUUUUCCACAGGUACCUAUGUGAAGGAAUUUGUGCACGGUGAUUUUGGACGAACGCGACCGUCGCUAGCUGAUUUGCUCGGUGUUGAAUGCGGUGAAAUGGACAUACUGGAACUCGAUGUGGAACGAGUAGACAUGGUAUGGCCGCCGCGGCCACCCAGCCGGACUGGACAAGCCAAUAAGGCACAUUAG